UGCAGCCGUGACAAACCACAGACAGACAGACAGACAGACAGCAGAGUCUCUUCUCGCAUCAGCAUCACGGGGUCUAAUCGCUCUUCUCGAUCGUGUAGGAGGAGGCGUCUGUCAACCCUGUGGAGGUCUGUCUGUCCCUCUGUCUGUGUCCGUCUGUCUGCUCGGGAGGCACCACACACUCGUCCUUCGUCUUUAGAGUAGGCUAGUUGUAGUUUGGAGACGAUAAACCGGUUUUACUACCUUUUGGGAGAAUCUCUGCUGUCAUCCCGGAAGACUCAUCACAUUCUCGUCGUAAAGGAAGUGAAAGCGAACAGUUGUGCGUGUUCAUAUUGGAGCCAAUAACCACAGCAGCCAUGGACGCUUUAAUGAAAGGUUUCUCUAAAGCCAAGGAUGGGGUCGUGUUGGCGGCGGAGAAAACCAAGCAGGGAGUGACUGGAGCAGCUGAGAUGACGAAAGAUGGGGUUAUGUUUGUAGGUAACAAAACAAAGGAUGGAGUCACAACAGCUGUGUCUGGAGUGUCUCAGGUGGGUGGAGCAAUGGUUACUGGGGUUACCGCUGUGGCCCACAAAACUGUAGAGGGUGCAGGAAACAUUGCUGCUGCCACCGGAUUGGUCAAGAAGGAUCCUGCCAAACAAACUGACGAAGCUUUAGCAGUACAGGACAUGGCAGAGUCACCGGUUGAUACUGACCCCGCUGAUGUUACAGAGGACGACGAUGAUUGAGAUCUUCACAAUGAAAGAGCAAAGAUCCGUUAUCGAAGAUCAAUGAUCGAAACAUUCCAUGUCGCUCUGCCAAGUCCCGUUGUGCCUCGUUUUGGUCCUUUAUGGAGUCUGUGCCCAACGUUUGUGUGCGUGUGUGUUUCUGUCUGUGUGUCUGUACAGCAGUGUAUGUGUAAUGUUGUAAAGAAAGAGGUGAGUGUGUGUGUGUGUGUGUGUGUGUGUGUGUGUGUGUGUCUUUUACACAUCAGUCCUAAAAGGGACCAGAUGUCAUUUACAGUGUGUAUGUGUUUGUCUUUAUGUAUGUUUCUUGUCAACUGUAUGGCUAUGUCAAUAACUCAAACAUGGAAAUGUACCACUUCAAGCACCUAAGUGUCUCUAUAUAAAUUACCAAUUUACAGUAAUCUGUUUGAAAUGGAAGCAUAAUGAUAAUCUCUAUUUUUGUCUGUAAACCGUCACUGUUUUUUGCGGUGGACUAUAUAAAGUGCUAAGCUAUUUGUGCAUUCAUAUUGUAUUUUUUAAGUUAUCACUGCUGUAACAAAAAUGUCAUAUUGAAUGGACUUUUGGAAACCAAGAGCAUGUACAACUACUCUGCUUGUGAUAUGGAUUUAUUUGGAGUUAAAUGUUUAAUAAAAUGUGUAAAAAAAAGAAAAA